GUGUAGAACCCCCAGGAUGGGGCACAGCCGGGUGGUUUGGCCAGCCGCGCUGCUGGCCCUUUUUGCCCUGCGAUGGGCAUCCGCUGGAUCACCGGGGGCCGGAGGAAGCUACUUGGGGGAUGUCAACGUUUCCGCCAUACUGGACUCCUUCAGUGUCAGCUACGACAAAAGAGUAAGACCGAACUACGGAGGCCCGCCUGUGGAUGUAGGAGUCACCAUGUACGUGCUGAGUAUCAGCUCCGUCUCCGAGGUUAUGAUGGACUUCACCCUGGAUUUCUACUUCCGACAAUUCUGGACAGAUCCCCGACUGGCGUUUCGAAAAAGGCCCGGCGUCGAAACGUUAUCUGUGGGAUCUGAGUUCAUCAAAAACAUCUGGGUACCUGAUACGUUUUUUGUCAAUGAGAAGCAGUCAUCCUUUCACAUAGCGACCACCCUAAAUGAAUUCAUUCGGAUACAUCAUUCAGGAUCGAUCACACGAAGUAUUCGACUCACCAUCACCGCAUCAUGCCCGAUGAACCUUCAGUAUUUUCCGAUGGACCGGCAGCUCUGUCACAUAGAAAUAGAAAGUUUCGGUUACACCAUGCGUGAUAUCCGGUAUAAGUGGAACGAGGGCCCCAAUUCGGUGGGGGUGUCAAACGAGGUGUCGCUGCCCCAGUUUAAGGUGCUUGGACACAGGCAGAGAGCCAUGGAGAUCAGUCUCACCACAGGAAACUACUCCAGAUUGGCCUGUGAGAUACAAUUUGUACGAUCCAUGGGUUACUAUCUCAUCCAAAUCUACAUCCCGUCCGGCCUUAUUGUCAUCAUUUCCUGGGUGAGCUUCUGGUUGAAUCGAAACGCAACUCCCGCUCGAGUCUCACUAGGAGUGACCACCGUGUUGACCAUGACCACCCUGAUGUCGUCUACAAACGCGGCGCUACCAAAAAUUUCCUACGUCAAGUCGAUUGAUGUUUACCUGGGGACCUGUUUCGUGAUGGUCUUCGCUAGUUUAUUAGAAUAUGCCACCGUAGGUUAUAUGGCAAAACGAAUACAAAUGCGAAAAAAUCGGUUUCUGGCGAUACAGAAAAUUGCCGAGCAAAAGAAACUGAAUGUCGAUGGUGGUCCCGAUGGGGACCAUGCCCCCAAACAAACAGUGCGCUUCAAAGUUCAUGACCCUAAGGCGCACAGCAAGGGCGGCACCCUGGAGAGCACCGUCAAUGGCGGCCGGGGCGGCGACAGGGGAGGCGGCGGGCCCGACGAAGAAGCUGCUGGCCCCACGCCCCAGCACAUCAUCCACCCUAACAAAGACGUCAACAAGCUGUACGGCAUGACGCCGUCAGACAUCGACAAAUAUUCCCGGAUAGUGUUUCCAGUGUGCUUCGUGUGCUUCAAUCUCAUGUACUGGAUAAUCUACCUGCACAUUUCCGAUGUCGUUGCGGAUGACCUAGUGCUGCUGGAGGUUGACAAGUAAAUGUCUGCUGUGAUCGUGGAGAUGGACAGUGUAAAGACUUGUGGUUUCGAGAUCACGGGACGGCUCCUUUUGAGGUGUUCUGUGUCGAGGUUGACAAGUGACAGGUCUACGGUUCCGUGGCUUUGCUAUAGACCAGCAGUUUUCCUUGAAAUUGCGGUAAGAUGUUAACUGAGUGAGUGGUGACUUCAGUAUCUAAUGUUAGAUUGCUUAUGUUAUAACUUGCACAUGUCAUUAUGAUAAAUCAAUAAUCAUGAAUGUAUUUUCAGGUAUUUGUAGGUUUCAGAUAGAGACGAAAAAUAAAAGAGUUGAGUAGAAGCAAUUGAAUCAAUUGGAAAGAAUUUCUCAGUCUAAUUUGAAUGCGAGUUCCAACAUGGAUUAUAUAAAAUUCCUCUCAACUAUUGUCAUUUUCGGCUGAAAAUAGUUGAAGCGAACAGAAAAAUAAUGUUUGAUUCUGCCGUCCCAAUGGGCUGUUUAUGAGGUUCUCAACUUUAAAUUCAUCUGUUUAAUGGAACACUAUGUCAAAUAUGAAAAUAAAAACCAAUACGAUGACUUUUCACAUAAUGCAGACAUUUUUGGAAUUCUAGGGUGUAUUUAUGAUGUAAUUUUUUAUAAUAACAUUAUUUUCCGAUAUUUUCUGAUAUUAAGACAAUAUAAAAAUGGCUGUAUUGUUGAAGGGUUGCUAUUGAUGGGCCAAAUAGGUACAACCCUUUCCUUGCAGGAAUUUAAAUUUGAGAAAGUCAAGGAAAGAUGAAAUGAGAUAAUUGAUCUUCUCUGAAAAUAUGAUGUUUUUCAUCAUACGAGCAUUUUCUAACUAAAAUAAAAAAAUUAUCGAUACCAAACUGCAACAACAAAAUACGUUUUACGACUUCCAAAACGCUUGUAACAUAUUAAAAUUCCAAAAAGUUAAUUGAUUAAUUUGUUUGUAUCAACCCACUCUCAAUUCAAAAAGAAAAAAACCUCUUUUUUAUUAUGCCUUCAUUAUUGGAAUCAAUCUUUCUUCAUUCUAUUCAUAACAAAUCCAAAAUAUAAAAUUCAGAUUUCAGUUCUGGUUGGUAACUUCGCAUCACUCAAAAUGAAACUUUAAAAAAAUUUCUAUCCCCUUCAUUUUACGAUAUUCUACAUCAGAAAAAACUCCAAUCAAUUCCUUACGUUUGCUACUUCUUCAAGACUUACAUAUAAUCUCAGAUUAUUCGGAAAUGUUUCAAGCAUAUUCAACUUACAGUUGUGACAUAUGAGUCAUUUAACAUUUUGACAUUUUCCUCGUUUAAAUAAAAACAGUAAUUUUUCAAUAUGGUUAAGGCUCUGAGAGAGCUUUGAGUAAGCUAGCCACUAGUCAGGAAGAAAUUCCAAAAAUCCACGACUUUCAA